AUGCCGCACAUCGGUGCCCUCAUGGAGCGCAGUCUCCAAGAGCGCAGUUUGGGGGACGCGUUUGCGGAUCUUCUCGCGCGCAGUGCAGUCGCUGCUCUGGGCAAGCGGCAGUUCAGCGGCAUUCAGGGUGACAUAACCGAUGCCAAAACGGCAUUUUCAAGCUGGGACAACUGCAUGCAGGCUACAUUCUGCAAAUGGCCGGUGAUCGCCGUGAUCAUUGUUGGCGGUCUGAUCAUCUUUUCCAUAGUGUGGUGCAUCAUUCGGUGCUGCUGCUGCGGAGGCAAGCGACAUAAACAUCUGGACGACCCUUUCGAUCCGCAUAAGGGACACGACCAAGCGUACCGGACGAUUCCGCCAAUGAACCCCAACUUUCCCCCGAUAGGACCAGCCGCUGCUGCUGUUUCUCCUGCCGCCGCUGCACCUCAGUAUGCUGUGUUCGAGACUGGUGGCGAUAAGAAGGAUGCGGACUCGCUGCCCGCAAUGCCGACUUGGGAGGACCAAGGCUCCAAGAAGAUUAUGGUAGAGGAGGAGCCGGUCGAGAUGGAGCCGCUGAAGAAGCCGGAUCAGGGCUAUAAUACGUCCAUGAUGAACGCUGCUAACAUGUCUCAUGCGACGAUACCCAGCCCUGGAUCUGCUGUCAGCAGAAGUCCGUAUGGUCCACCUCCCGGCUCUGGUGGGCCCAACGGAUACAUGGCGCCGACGCGGGCCGCGACAGAUCCCUAUGGAACGAGCACACCAGGCUACGAUGAUUACAGCAAUAACGGAUAUGGUCACCCGUCACAAGAUCACCUGAGCCAAGAAUACGCUGUGGCCGGUGGUAUGGCGGCGGGCGCCGUGGGAAGACGGACACCACAUCAGGACUACAACAAUGGUUAUGACCACGGCGGCAUGGACCAAGGAUAUCCCCAGUCGCAGACACCGAGACCCUACGACGACGCCUAUGGACGGAGCGUCACACCAGGAUCAUACGCCAAUGGUUACCGACCACCGCCGACCAACGGGUACGGCACCCCACGAGGCUCUCCUGGGCCGCAGGCCGGGUACGGAUACGGAGACCCCUCUCGGAUGGCAUCCCCCGGCGCGCAACAGGGCUAUGGGCACCCGAACCGGAUGCCAUCGCCAGGAUCGCAGGGAGGCUACGGCAACGGGGCUCGCAUGGCAAGUCCAGGGCCACAAGCAGGAUGCUACGGAAACGGAGCUCGCAUGGCGAGUCCAGGCCCUCAGGCAGGAGGCUAUGGCGGCAAUGCCUCUCGGAUGCGAUCUCCCGGCCCGCAGGCAGGCCUCGACAACUACCCGCAACGAUCCCAAACCGACCCUCCGCAGCGAUCGCAAGCCCAAACACCGAACAGCUACGGCCGGCAACAACAACCCCCGGCCCCAUACCGCCAGUACUCCUCCGACUCGACCAGGCCUCUGGUACGGCCGGGAGGGAUGGACCGCCAAUACUCGGAACUAGAGACCCCCGAGUCGCCGAUCCAGAACAACGGCGGGUUCGACUUCAACUCGGGCUACAGCCGGCCGGAAGGCAGGCCUACGCCGCCACCGCCGCAGCAGCAGUCUGCGAAUGGGGGGACGGCGUAUCCGGGUUAUCGCGCGUACAAGCCAUCGUAA